UCAUUAAGCUGCUAACAAAAUAAGCUAUGUCAUAUAUGACGUUCUAAAUGGUUCUUAAGAGCAUUUUGUCUUAUGUUCAGAUGACAGAGUUGAGCUCACUAGUUAGGGAGUUAAAGUUGAUUCUUUAUGGUGAUGAUGACUCCGAGCCUUCUGAAGAAGCUUGUGCCCAAUUGACUCAAGAGUUCUUUAAGGAAGACACAUUCCGUCUCCUUGUGAUCUUUCUUCCAAAGUUGAACUUAGAGACCCGUAAAGAUGCCACACAAGUUGUUGCAAGUUUGCAGAGGCAACCCCUACCAUCACGCUUCGAGGCUUCAAGAUAUUUGGAGGCUAAUCUAGAUCUUGUGGACAUUCUGAUAUCUGGAUACGAGGAUCCUCAAUUAGCUCUCCAUUAUGGUAGGAUGUUAAAGGAGUGCCUACGUCAUCAAAUCGUUGCAGGUUACAUAUUGGAACCAAGUCAACAGAGGAAGUUCUUCGAUUACAUACAACAUCCAAGCUUCGAUAUUGCUGCAGAUGCUGCAGAUACAUUCAAGGUUAGAAAUUUUUUGUAGUUUUAUGUUUUCAAGUUGUAUUGAAGAAGAUGACUGCAUUCUGAUUGUCUUUUUUGAUCAAAUUCUUAUAGGACCUUUUGACUAGGCAUAAGUCUACUGUAUCUGAAUCUCUGUCCACAAACUAUUGUUGGGUAGACAACCCUUUUAUUUCUUCUUUAUCAUUAUGUUAAGGAUUUUUAUGUUGGUCUCUAUGGAAACGCUUGGAUAAGAUGUUGAUCCAUGCUUUUUUGCUAGUUUUUUACUGAAUUUAACCAAAGGCUACUGAAAUCUGCAAACUAUAUCACCAGAAGACAAGCUGUUAAGGUAUGAUAAUUUGUAACUAGAAAUAUAUUGUCGUUAACAUUGGGAUGUUGAUAUUCAAAUGUUGGUUGUUGCCUUUCGUUACAGUUAUUGGGAUGCAUAUUGCUCGACCGUUCGAAUUCUUAUGUUAUGACACGCUACGUCAACUCAAAAGACAACCUUAUAAUUCUGAUGAAUCUUCUAAGGGUAUGGCAGAGGUUUUUUAACAUUUUUUAUUUAGUCGUUAGGCCUUGAAUCCCGGUAAUUGUGUACUUGGUACUGAAAGGUGAGUUUGGUACACUAAACAGAACAGAACAUAGGUCAUUGUUCCAUGUUUAAUCUUUUAUUUUGGUUUAUAUCUUUUAUUUUGUUUGG